CUCGAGCAUGGAAGUGACUUAAGCCGAGGGCGAGAGCUGACUUCACAGUUCGAGCCCAGUUUUCUUCGAAAACAAUGGCUCUUUCAAGCCUGCGAUUCCCUGUCGUUCCCCUGUUGACGAAAAGCCCUUGCCCGACUUUUCUAAGCUCCGACCCCAUUACCCGCCGGAGAUGGGUCCGUUGUUGUUCCGUUUCGACUCAAACUUCAACGCAGCCACCUCCUUCAGAAUCAGUUUUCAAAUGGGAACCUGCCCGCAAGAAAAAGGUCGUUAUGCGGAUCGGGUACGUGGGUACCAAUUACAGGGGUCUCCAAAUGCAGCGAGAUGAACAUUCAUUAUCAACUGUUGAGAAAGAACUGGAAACUGCCAUAUUCAAAGCUGGUGGCAUCCGAGACAGUAAUUUUGGAGAUCUGCAAAAAAUUGCGUGGGCCAGAAGCAGCCGAACUGAUAAAGGGGUUCACUCUCUGGCCACAGUGAUAUCCUUUAAAAUGGAAAUUCCAGACAAUGCAUGGUGCGGAGACCCUUAUGGCUUUGCCCUUGCGAAUCUUAUCAACCCUCAUCUUCCAUCUGACAUCAAAGUCUUUAGCGUUAUGCCCUCACAAAGGAGCUUUGAUCCAAGGAGGGAGUGUAAUUUGAGGAGGUAUUCCUACCUCCUUCCUUCCGAAACUAUUGGCAUCCAAAGCCACUCUGGCAGUGAUGAGAUUGAUUAUCACAUAUCAGAAUUUAACGAUGUUCUAAAUGCUUUUGAGGGCGAACAUCCUUUUCAUAACUAUACAGCACGGUCCAGGUAUCGGAAACAUUUUCCUCAUAGACAGUCAUCAUCAGAGAGUAGCAUGUCAGCAAAAGUGAUCUCGUCAAACUCUGAAUCUGAAGAAGAUGAUAGUGAUGGAGAAAAUUUUCAAAUUGACGAGGUAUUUACAACAAAUGUAACGAGGCCCAGGCAGCAGUCCUCUGAAACUUGUGAUUUGGGUGAACCUUCCAUUGGCUCUAGCAAUAAUAAUAAUUUGCAUGAUCACAACUCCAAUUUAGUUCGUGCAAAAUGGUUGUAUGAACCUGAUGAAGCAGAUAGAUUGAGUGCUUCUCAUUUCAGAAAAGUUUUUCGCUGCUCCUGUGGAAAUCUGGAAGGGCUGCUUAAAUACAAUUAUGUUGAAGUCUCCAUAUGGGGAGAGUCUUUCAUGCUGCAUCAGAUACGGAAAAUGGUUGGGACAGCUGUGGCGGUGAAACGCAAAUUACUGCCUAGGGACGUUCUAGAACUGUCACUAUCAAAGUUUGCACGAGUCGUCCUUCCCCUUGCGCCAUCAGAAGUCUUGAUUUUGAGGGGUAACAACUUUAAAUUGAGAAAACGACCGGGAAAUGUAACAAGGCCAGAAAUGCUGGCGAUGUCUGAAUCAAAAGAAAUUAACGAGGCAGUCGAAGAGUUUUACACAUCUGUAAUGUUACCUCAAGUUUCAAAAUUCUUGGACCCAUCAAAAUAUCCGUGGAAAGAAUGGAUUGAGAAAUUGGAUGCGCACACAAGUAUACCAAGUGACCAAUUGAAUGAGGUCAGGAAGGCGUGGAAAACAUGGAAAGACAAUAUUCAGAAGAGAGUUAGUGCCCAUCCAUCAUAAUAGAUGCAAGUACUGGACCUGGAGUUUAGUGUUCAAUCUAUUUUGAUCGCUGAGCUAUCUGAAUGGACAAUGGUGUUGACCUUAUGCUCGUGCUGGAAUCGUUUGGGUGCAAAUUUGCUUGAACAGCUCACGGAGAACUGAAAUGCUUCGUCAAGCAUUCACAAUUGAAACAAACAUCAGCAGAUUCGACUCCUCUCAAUUUUCUGGCAAUUCAGAAAGAGAAAAGAAAAUUUUUAUACGCCCUCCCCCCCCCCCCCAAAGACACUGAGAGCAUCCAAUUUCCUUACAGGCAUUUCUUAAUUCUAAAAGCAACAUGUUAGUAGCUUAUACAGAAUACGCUAUAAUGUCAUUUUCUUUUUCCCAGAAUUCCCAGAAACAUGAACUCUUAAUUAUCUGUUUAACAACCUCUUGCCUCUGGAAA